GUCUUUUCCGGAUGAGGUCACGAAGAUUUGUAUUAGGAUCGUAGCAACCUUGAUCACGUGAUAGGCGUUCUACAACAAAAUUUUAGGUCACGCGGUGUUUUCGGGAUUCUGGGAACAAACAUUUUACUCAGGUUGUGUCACUGUACUGUAAUAGCCAAACAAAAAAGGACAAGAAGUUUUGAUUUGUACUGUUAAUUACUAAAGGGGUUUAAAAGGCGUCACAUCAGACAACUGAGAAGACUGAACAUAGCAACAUACCAAUGUACUGACAGAUAUAAAUUCAAGAAAGAAAAGAACCUACGCAGACUGAACAACGUACUUUGAAGCAUUAAAAAAAAGCCAUUAACCAGAACUUCAGAAGUUGGACUGAAUUGCCACAUCAACAGCUGCUGUGCAUGUGCAGCGUGAGUGUUUUUCUCUCUGCAGAUUAUAUUUAUGUUUGGCAUUUAGCAUAGGAAAAGUAAAUGCAUAACAAGUCUUGUAUUUGGUAUCAGAAGCUCGGACAUUCUCAGAAGGCGAUACCAUUUAAUGAUGUGGAGCACGGCGGGAGGAGCAACUUUGCAGGUUUUUGUUAAAGCCCUGAAACAUACAGCAUCUAAAAGUCACCUACAACUAAACCGAUGGUUACAACGACCAGCCCCGGAUUCGACGGACAGCGGUAAAAUGGACAUUGUGAUCUGCAACACGUAUGAAGAAAGGAACACGGGCAAUAGUAGUGGUAGUUCUAUAGAAUCAGCAAUGCAGAACGAAGCUAACGAAGCCGGGGUUUCCUUUAUAGGAGAGAACAGGUAUCCUCGCUAUGUUCCUACCUGUUGCUGCAAAAGCGCCCUACUGGGCUGUAUUCUAGCAGCUGUUUGUUUCUCAUCUGUAGCACUGGUGCGCCAGUAUCUCAAGGACUUGCUUCUUUGGGUGGAGAGUUUAGACAGCCUUGUCGGGGCUUUGCUUUGCAUCGUGGGAUUGAUCGUUGUGUCCUUUCCCUGUGGAUGGGGGUACAUAUUACUCAAUGUGGCUGCUGGCUAUUUGUAUGGUUUUGUGUUGGGCAUGGGGCUGGUGAUGGUUGGGGUUUUGAUUGGGACUUUUAUUGCCCACGUUGUUUGCAAGAGACUACUGACAGAGUGGGUUUUAAUCAAGAUUGAGAGCAGCGAGCAGCUGAGUGCUGUUAUCAGAGUGGUAGAAGGAGGGAGUGGACUUAAAGUUGUUGCCUUAGCAAGACUCACGCCAAUACCCUUUGGACUACAAAAUGCAGUGUUUUCACUCACAGAUGUACCCUUGCCAAACUAUCUUGUGGCUUCUUCAGUUGGACUUCUCCCAACCCAGCUGUUAAACUCUUAUCUGGGGACGACAUUGCGAACCAUGGAGGAUGUCAUUGCACAACAAAGCGUCAGUGGAUAUUUUAUUUUCAGUUUCCAGAUAAUUUUAAGUAUAGGUCUGAUGUUUUAUGUUGUACACCGGGCACAAGUUGAACUGAAUGCUGCUAUUGUAGCCUGCCAAAUGGAAUUGAAGACUUCAUAUAUCAAUGGCAGUACACCAGAUCUAAGUGGUUCAUCUUACUGCAGUAAAAGGACAUCAGCAUUGGGAGGAAUUAAUGUGGUUUAAACUUCACGCAAAUUAUACAACUAGCUGCUUCGUUUUUUUAGUGACGUGUGACAGCGACAACACUAAUGUUUAUAGCCAAAAGUUCUUGCAUACAGUUGUCACCUUUAUUGUAUAGAUCUGAAUUUUCUUUUUUAAUACAUUGUUAUUAAAUGGGGCCAACAGUUAUUAAGGGUAGGCACAUGAUCUAAAAAUGUUAUGUUUUCAAUUUUGUUUCAGCCGUGACCCAACAAUACUGAGAGAGAGAAAUUGUUGUAUGCUAAAUUUACUUUAGUGACUUAUUUUGUUGCUGUGAUAUAUAUUUGUAUUCAUGAUUAUUCAACCUAAAGUUAGCCAACCACUUGAAUGUACACAUGGGUAUUUGUUUUACCAUUGCCCCAUUAUAUAUUUUUUAUUAUUUAAUGGCUACAUGUUUAUAAAAGCUGAGGUGCAGAUGUAUAACAAACAAACAUUAGGUCAUAGUCUUGUUUUUCUAAGGCUUGAUGUUUGUGUAUUUAGUAAUAAAAUGAACCAAAUACGAGAAAUGAGGGGGUUAUGUGCUAGGUUUUUUUUUUUUUUUUUUUUAAUUGGUUUCGGUUCCUUUAGGAAAUUAGAAUUUAUGUAACCAUACAUAAUUAGAAGCACUCUUCCAUUGGAAGCUGUUAUUAGCUAUAAACCCUGUGCUUUAAGUAACGCAGUAGCUCAGAGUGAUACUUUUUCCACUCACUCGGAUCACUGAUGAAAUCGGCUCUGUAUCUCUGAGCUGCUUGAGAGGAGCAGAACUGAGCAUGCCAUUAAGUGGCUUCUUUCACUGAGCUGCUCUGAGCAUCUCAGUUACUUAACUCACCCACUGUUGCAUUGGAAUGUUCUCUACAAUCUGAUUGUUCUAACUUGUCUUGGCCAUUGCUGCCCUUGCCAGUUCAGGGCUUUUAGGUUAAGCGGUGUGCAUUUCGAAUUUAGCAAUCUUAUUAACUUCUAUCAAUGUACAUGAUGUGUAAGUGCCAACAUUCCCUAAUAUUAGUUAAAUGUAUACAGUUAACCUGCUGCUGCCUGUGUUAAAUGCACACUAUGUAUUACAAAGUAUAUUCAAAUUAAGUCCGUGCUUAACAUUUGCUGUUCUCCAGGUCUGUUGUCUGGUUUUCUUUUUGCUGCUGAGUAAAGCAAAAAAAAAAAGUUAGGCUUUCUUUUUUUUAUUAUUGUUCCUUCAAAGUGCGAAAACCUAUGCUUAGCCUAUGUUGAGAGCCCAGCUCUUGGUUUUAUAAGCUUAAAUCAUGUUUUAGUUUAUGCAACAAUCUUAAGUGCAUUUUAAAAUUCUGAUUUUUUUUGUAACAAACAGAACAAUUUUGCAGUGUGUAAAUUGGUAUUAUAACAAUGCUUGUUCAGUGUUAUAUUCAUGAAAAAUGGGCUUAAAUGUAAAAUCACUGUUUAUUCCAUUGUGGAAUUCAAAACAAUUGUUAGAAUAAAGUGAAAAAGAAAGUCAGACAGUUGGGUGGUCAGAGCCUAAUAUUAACCAAUACAACUUUUUGGCUUUCAAAACACUUGCAUUUUCAGUUGUUGAAAGCUCACCGCUAGUGAAUAUAUCACCUGUUUGGUGAGAUUCAGCACAUUCCAGAUCAACCCACCUGAGGAAUGAGACAAAGGCCAAAAAAAGGUACUGUCUAAGCUAUAAAAUGCCAUGUUCAUUGUGGCCUAGAAAUACAAAAAAGGUGUUUUCUGUAAUUGGUUAGGUGUUACUGGGUUUGCAUUUUUACCUAUGACGCUACUACAUAUUCCAGCAUUUUAUUUAACUGUGUACACCAUUACACCAAAACGUUGGCAUCAAAAGAGGGUGCCAUGUGCCCAAAAAAUUGAUGUCUCCAAUUUUAAGCACAACUAACAAGAGGGAAAAUAAAAUAAAAAAAUACCU